CACACGUGUAAAAAAAAAUUUUGUUCAGGAAAGUGGUAAUGGCUUGUACUGGCAAGUGUGGCAAAGUGCUUGGGAUGGUGGCCGUGUCCUGGUCAUUGCACACCUUAUGCUAUCCACCCUUCCAGCUCCUGAAGAGUGAAGGCACCUUAGCGCCUAAUUCUGGAAAUGGGAUAUUGACCCCGAUGAGCUGACGCCCAACUUUGAGUUUGGAAGGAAGAGUAGGUGUUAGUGAUGGGGCAAAAAGACCUUUAAGUGCAAAGGUUGGAAAGUAUGACAGGGUUAGAGGUGUUUGGAAGAGAGACAGGUGGGAAAAGAUUGAGGCCAGAUUGGGGAAGGCUAUGCUGAGUCAUUGAUACAAAUUUUACACACAGCAAUUGGAAACAGUAAUGCAUGAGCAAUCAGUCAUAAAGCCGACCUAACUUGUUUAGUGGAUCAUAAGGACAAGAAGGAACCGGUCAAGGGCAGAAUGUGUGCUGAAGCUGGAGUGAUCUGAGAAAACUUUACAGAAAGAUCUGGCAAGAUCCAAGCUGCAGGAGAAUGGACAGUGAGGUACAGAGAGAUGGAAGGAUCUUGGAUUUGAUUGACGAUGCUUGGCGAGAAGACAAGCUGCCUUAUGAGGAUGUUGCAAUACCACUGAAUGAGCUUCCUGAACCUGAACAGGACAAUGGCGGCACCACAGAAUCUGUUAAAGAACAAGAAAUGAAGUGGACUGACUUGGCCUUACAGUACCUCCAUGAGAACGUUCCCCCCAUUGGAAACUGACGCCUGGCUCCUUGUUCAUCCACAGAUUUUUUUUAGAUACACAGAUACAAAAUGUUUUCUUUCAGCCUCCUAAUUUGAGUCUUUUAGUGUUAGAUCAAUGCUCAAAAAUGUAAAACUAAUUUUGUGGCCACAAAAUGCAAUGUGAAAAUACUCAACCCAAACCGGAAACUGAUUGCGAUUUCUUGGGAUUGCAGAAUAUCUGGCCCUUUGAACCUAAAGUUCUUCAUUGACUAGCUCGUAUUUGAGCAUGAUUGAUUAAACAUUUGCCUUUAACUCUGA